CCUAUCGACGUAAACACGUGCACUUCCAUGGUUACAGGUUUCUCUUUUUUCUUCUCCACCAUCCGUCUCCCUUUAUCGCAUUAUUCCCUGACAACUGCAGCGAUGGCGGAACCCGUGGCAUCGGACGCAAUAGCAACAGACGCAGCUCUUUCUCCGGCUGUAAGCCCGGGUUCGGAGCCUCCAUCCAUGGCGCUCUCUCCUUCUGCAGGCGGCUCCCAGCGGCUUCUUUUCUCCCACGAUUUGGUGUCAGGUCGGUAUCGCGACUUGGUCCGGUUCGGCCUAGUCAGAAUGAUACAAGGCGAGGAGGAGUUUGAUUCAGACUCGGACCUCGACGAUGGCGGAGGUAGAGGCGGUGGAGGAGGUGGCUGUAUCCCCUGUAACUCUGACACCGAGAGCAGUGUUGUGGACAGUCUGGCACCUCUGGGAAGGGGUUUUGUCCGGGUGCAGUGGUACCCAGAAGGAGGGAAGCAAGACAUACGGGAAACAAAGCUGAAACUUGUAGAUCGAUCCAUCGUUAUCCGAGACAUUGUGCGGCGGAUGAAUUCUAACGACAACCAGUGUGGCAUCGUGACCGACAUCGACAUAGAGUGUGCUGUAAAACUAGUGGGGACCAACUGUGUCCUGUACCCCGUCAACAGUAAAGACCUACAUCACAUCUGGUCUUUCAUGUAUGGGGACUACAUAGCCUACGACUUCUGGCUGGGGAAGGUGUACGACCUGACCAACCACAUCAUCCUCAAGCUGUCCAAUGGAGCCAGGUGUUCCAUGAAUGUGGAGGACGGCGCCAAGCUGUACGACGUCUGUCCUCACGUUAGUGACUCGGGUCUGUUCUUCGAAGAGGCCUAUGGUUUCUACCCAGGCCAGGUGCUGAUCGGGCCAGCCAAAGUCUUCUCCAAUGUCCAGUGGCUCUCCGGGGUCAAGCCCGUACUCCGUAAGAAGAGCAAGUUCAGGGUGGUGGUCGAAGAGGUCCAGGUGGCGGAGCUGAAGGUGACGUGGAUCACCAAGAGUUACUCCCCCAAGGGCACGGACAGCGUCUACCCCCCUCCUUCUACCAUCUCCCAGGAGAACCUCUGCAGAGUGAAGCGUCUGGGCUACUAUGACCACACCCAGAGGCAGCUGGGGGAGAGGGCCCUGUACGUGUUCCCAGCCAAGGGAGACACCACACACAUCACCUGUGAGUGGCCCGACGGAGCCCCUGGACUCCCAGAGGACCCCGUAGCCAGGAAGUUGAAAAGAAUGUUCAAGAAGGAGUUGUUAGGGAAGAAGCCCAGUGAAAAUGCAGACACACAAGGUGCCAACCAGCACUCCACGGACAACACGGACAGCCUUGACGGUGACCUCAAGCCUGACAACACCCACCCAGACUCCACCAACCACACCGCGCUCCCCCGUCCUCACCACCCCAACAACGGCCCCAACCACACCCUCCAGCCCUCGCCCCUGUGCCCUCCCCCCUCUGACCCAUGGCCCGAGCCCGCGGAGCAGGAUGCAGACGAUGAGGCAGGGGCGGAGGACACGGACGACACGUUGUCGCUGACGUCGUCGGCGAGUAGCACCGCGUCGUCGCAGAGCGGCGGUCUGGGGGGCUUGAACAGGAAGAAGAGCAUCCCGCUGUCCAUCCGCAACCUGAAGAGGAAGCACAAGAAAAAGAGGACCAAGUUCUCCCGCGAGUUUAAGCCCGGCGACAGGGUAGCAGUAGAGGUUGUGUCCACCAAGACCUCGGCCGACGUCCUUUGGAAGGACGGCCGCAUGGAGACACUCAUCCGCUCCAAUGACCUCAUCCCCAUCCAGCACCUGGACAACCACGAGUUCUGCCCCGGAGACUUUGUUGUCGACAAACGACCCCAAGCCCCUACGGACCCAGGUGUGUACGGGGUCAUCCAGUCGGGCGACCACAAGGGCAGGACGUGUGCCGUGAAGUGGAUCAAACUCAACGCCUCUAGCGACAACGUGGAGGUCAUAGGAGAAGAGGAGGAUGUUAGUGUGUACGACAUCGCCGACCACCCAGACUUCCACUUCCGUACCACUGAUAUCGUCAUCAGGAUAGGGAACUCUGAGAACGAGCGGAAUACAGAGUGUGAGAACAAUACGUCAGUAGGCCAGGUCUUCAGAGUGGACGUGAGCAGCAAAGUGGAGGUGGUGUGGGCUGACAACUCCAUGACCAUCGUCCUGCCACAGCACCUGUACAACGUGGAGUCUGAGAUCGAGGAGACUGACUAUGACUCUGUGGAGGAGAGCAGCAGUGGCCUGUCCACGGAGGAGUGGGAGGACGAGAGCGACAGCUGGGAGACUGAUAACGGCCUGACUACCAACGAGGACGACCAGCACCCCGCCAAUGAGGACACCGCCACCCCGGCCCCCACCGGCCCCAGCCCCUUCAUCAUCCCCCCCGAGGAGGGCGGCAAAGCAGGGGCCGCCACCCCCACCAAGCCCCCUAACGCCAUAGAGGACCAGGAGGGAGCUGGGGCUAUAGCCAGCCCAGGCGCCGGUGCCGGUGCUGGAGGAACCACCCCUGGAGCAGGAGGGGGUGAUGCUGCAGAGAAGCUCCCCGGGAAAGACUGCACGCCGCGGGGCUUCCGCGAGCUCAAGGAGGCCCUGAAGAUCCUGGAGAGCCUGAAGAACAUGACCGUGGAGCAGCUAUGGACGGGCGGCUCGCCUACCUCGCCCACGUCCGGUGCCACGCCCCCCGCCAACGGGACUAACGCCAACACCGCCACUGCCGUCACGCCAGAGAAACCCACCAAGGAGAAGCGCUUCCUGGAUGACAUCAAGAAGCUUCAGGAGAACCUGAGAAAGACCCUGGACAAUGUGGCCAUCGUGGAGGAGGAGCGGAUGGAGGCGGUGGUGGAGGCCGGAGGAGGCGGCGCAGGAGGAGGUGGGAGUACGGAAGGAGGAGAAAGAGGGGGUGAAGAAAGGCCCCAGGAGGAGGUGGCGAAGACGCCAGGCGCGGCACCAGAGUGGCCCAGCGAUACGCCUGUCCUGUGCCAACAGAGUGGUGGCAAGCCCGGCGUCACCUUCACCAGUGCCAAGGGAGAGGUGUUCUCUGUGCUGGAGUGGUCACCAGACACCCACACCUUUAAGAAGAUGGAGUUCCAGCCGGCCGAGGCCAAGAAGUUUUUCAGCACCGUGAGGAAGGAGAUGGCUCUGCUGGCCACCUCGCUGCCCGACGGCAUCAUGGUGAAAACCUUCGAGGACCGCAUGGACCUGUUCUCAGCUCUGAUCAAGGGGCCCACGCGCACCCCUUACGAGGACGGCCUGUUCCUCUUCGACAUCCAGCUGCCAAACAUUUACCCGUCUGUGCCGCCCCUCUUCCGCUACCUGUCACAGUGCAGCGGGCGCCUCAACCCCAACCUCUACGACAACGGCAAGGUCUGCGUCAGCCUGUUGGGCACCUGGAUCGGCAAGGGUACAGAGAGGUGGACCAGCAAGUCUAGCCUGCUGCAAGUGCUCAUCUCCAUCCAAGGCCUGAUCCUGGUCAACGAGCCCUACUACAAUGAGGCAGGUUUCGACAGUGACCGGGGCCUGCAGGAAGGCUAUGAGAACAGUCGCUGCUACAACGAGAUGGCCCUCAUCAAGAUGGUGCAGUCCAUGACCCAGCUGCUGCAGACUCCCAUAGAGGUGUUCCAGCAGGAGAUCCGGCAGCACUUCACCUCCAACGGCUGGCGCCUGGUGCACCGCCUGGAUGCCUGGCUGGAGCUCCACGAGCUAGCCGAGAGGGGCCCUCCGCCAAGACCAUCCCGGGACAGGCCUCCCUCAGUGGGUCCUCUAGACGAGACGCUCCCCUUGGAUCUUCUGGCCCACAGCACCCCCAACAAGCACCAGGGCACCGGGGAUGAAGAGCUGGAGGACUCUGGCCUAAGCUUUUCCACCACCGCCGCCUCCCAGCAGGAGCUCAGCCAGAACUUGGACUGCGACGGCACCGUCUCGGCCAGUGAGGUGGCCGGGGCGAGCGUGGUGGUCUCCGGGUCGGUUAGGGGGGCCGCCUCAGACUCCGCGGGCGGUAGCCAGCCGGCGGUGCGACCAAAGAAGCGCAGGAAGAGCUACCGGAGCUUCCUGCCCGAGCGGAGCGGGUAUCCCGACAUUGGCUUCCCCCUCUUUCCUCUCUCCAAGGGCUUUGUGAAGAGUGUGCGCUGCGUGCUGCUGCAGUACCGGGCCGCCCUGGCCGCCACCUCCAUCCCCGACCACGUAGAGGACAAGUAAGUGACUAGUGACUCCCCCAACGCCCACCACCACCUCAAUCCUCAGCCCACCCUCCAAGAGCUGCACUGUGCCCUCAAUGAUCUCCCAAAUAGCCCCUGUACCCUCUGAUCCCCCUUGCCCAGCUGCUGCCCAGUGCCCCUGCCCCUCGGCCAUCUAUCUAGUGCACUCUUGCCCCCCCCUCCCCUCCCUCAGACCACUAGAGGCUAACUUGGUGUAUGCGCUUUCCUUCAGUGUCCAGAGUCCAGACAGAGGCCAGAUGUGAAGGGAGAGGAGUGGGAGUGUCUUAUGGAGAUCUAAGCCACGGAGCAUAAGCACCCCUCCCCACCUUCUGAGCUCUCAUGGACACACAGACAAGGAGCGAGAGCCUCGACUGGAAGGCAGCGCCACACGUCUGCCCCUCGUGGGCCCUGACGGACGAGGGAUGAGGAAGGAGAGGAGGAGAGAUGCAGAGAAGCUGGUUUGUUU